AUGAGGACCACGAAAGUGCGACGCUGUGCCCUUCUAGGAGCAUUAGCGUUAAUUUUGGCUUAUUAUUUGAUAGCACGUAAAGGUGCCGAGUACCAUGCUGAGACUCCAAGCGAGAAACCAGUUGAUAAGACGGAGAAUGAAUUCAAGGUCAUCCAAAUACUACAAAAAGCUCAAUUGCGAGAGCUCUUCCAGGCUUGGUACUUCAGCCCCUCAGAAAGCUUUAAAUCAGGGCCGUUGAACGAUGACUUUACACUAUCAGAGUUAAGACGCGGGCAAAGAGCCGUGCAUGUACAUGAUUCCCAAUCUUAUUCUUUUACAAAGUAUGAGUUCGAUGCAAGAUUCACGAUUGCCACCUACAUUAGGCAUUUACGGCAAAAAACAGGCGAUAACAAAGUCCCUUUCAAUUGGUAUGACUGGAAGGACCUAGGUUCUACAUUAAAUCCGUUGAUGUUCUCUGAAAUUGGUGCAGGCCCAAGCUGUGGAGAUUUAUUUGUUGAAGAUCCUGUCGAGCGUUUCGACGAACAGUCGGCUACGCAAUGGGAAGGUUUGCCGAAAGCGAGCUCGGAGGGCUAUUCAAUUUCCAGAUUUUGCAUAUCAUCGAGAAACUCACCGCUUAGCUUUGACCUUUUAGAGAUACAGCCAAGAUGUACCCCCGAGGCGCUGGCGCUGCAGUCCGCAUCGUUUUUGUUCAGUCGAAGGAUCAGCCCAAUAGCUUUGAAUUUUAUGAUAAUGGAUGGCACAGUUCUCAAGUUAGAUGUUGUUCGAGCAGAGUACGGUUUUUCCCUUGCCGAUAGCCCUUUGCUUCAAGAGUAUUUUUCAAAUCACACAUACACUGAAAUAGUAUUUGAUCCAGUAACGGAACAUAACGAGCUCGCAAAGUCUUUUGCAUCCAAUAACUCCAGAGGGCCUCGAGAAUACCUCACAGCGGUUCCGUCCGAGAAAUUUGACUUCGAUUUAGAUGCGAAAAUUAAGGAGCUCCGCAGUAGAGAAGGUCAGUCUACAAACGAAUUGAAUUACUUAGCGAACUUGGAAUACGUGCAAACUCAUCAACGUGCUGGUGGGAAAGAAUAUAAAUAUUUUCACGAAACAUCCGAGCUAUCGAACACUCCCGAUCGCUUUCAAAAUCAUAUGGAUGUCAGGUUCUUUUCCGGCUUGAUCACUAACAAAUGGAGGAGACUCCGAAUUUUGAAUUCUCUGACUAGAUGCUGGCAUCUGUUUGCAGAAUCACAAAACUACACAUCCUGGCUGGCUCACGACUCGUUAUAUGCCUAUCUAUAUACUGGCUCACAGUUUCCAUGGAGCACUACACAAGUGGUUCAAAUGCCGGUUAACGACCUCCACCUAUUAGCGCAAUACUUCAAUCAAAGCUUAAUUAUAGAGUCCCCACUGGAAGGCAACGGAAGAUUUUUCAUAGAUGUCCAACCCUUUAUUGCUUCUCGAAACCAUGAAGAUGAUCUCAACAACGUCGAUGCGAGAUUCAUAGAUGUUGACAGUGGUUUGUAUAUUGAUAUCUUAGGGGUCGGCUAUUCAGCUAACACUUUAGAAAACAGACGGCUCAAAUCACAGUAUGAAAGAAAACUGGCUGGCGCUGUUAGUCUCGCAGCUGGCAACAAAGAAAUUGGAAUUAUUUCCGAGAGGAGUGGCAAAAACUUUUUGAUCACAGAUUUGUUGCCUUUACGCCUCUCAAAAUAUCACGGCUUACCAGUCAAUGUUCCGUGCCAUACGCUGACAAUUGUGAAAGAUGAGAAUUCCGUAUUUUCUAGCCUCUACGGUUCUAAACAAUUACUUCAGAAGCACCGUCUUAUGCCUGCUUUAGGUACAUGGAUAGAAAACAACAAGCUAAAGGAUCUGCUGGGCACUCGAAGAGCACCAAAAGCUCACGAACUGACGGCAGGAGAGUUGCGUGGAAUGCUUCAAAAGUUUACAAUUGAGUAUGGCCAGCAUGAAGAGCUUCUUUACUGGAUAAAUUCCCAAGAUCAGUUUAACUUUAGAUUGAAGGAGCUAGCCAUAGAAUCUUCAGAUAUGAACCGACAAGAGAAGCUAUUUGCACUAGAAAGGCUACAAACUCUUUCUAAUAAACUUCAUACAAGCUUUCGAGACCCUUUUUUAACUGAUAAGAGAGCACGCAAAUGGGAUAGCUCAGCUGCCAAGUUGGACACUGCAAUUGGCUCGAGCAAUUAUUCUAAAAGGAUUAUACAAGAGAUUUUGGCUCAGGUUGCAGAUAAUUUCAUAUCGAAGAAAAGGCAACAAAGAAAGAAACAGAUAUACUUAAGCCAGGAAGCCGAUAACGUAGCAGUGGCAACCACUCGUUCUGCUAACUUGUAUUUUCUGAGAGAAGAGGAGGACGAAGUCCUACCCAAUGAGCCUUUAGUUUUCAAGUCAGACUUUGCAGCUUCAUCAUCUAGCAAUUGA